GCAUAAAUCGGCCCUGCGCAAGGAUGAGGCGUAUAAAUCGCUCCAAUAAGGAAAAGUGGCGUUUACAUGUGUUCUUUGGAAGUCAGUCCAGAAGAAUGAGAGCUGUCGUGGCGCGCUUUGUUCUGAUGAGUUGAUGUCAAGAUGGAGGCAUUGCUGGUGUACGCGUCAGAAAGAAGCGAUGACUCAGACUCGGAAGAUGGUGGCCGGGGCGAAGGAAAUGGGAUGAUGGGGAAGAGACGGGGAGGGGAUGGUGGAGGGGAUGUGUUAUUGGUAUCAGGAGGGCCAAUCACCAUCUUCAGCGGCGGCGAUCAUGAUACCGCGGAGGCUGCGACAGCUGGCGCACAGUUGCUUAGCCACAUUAGCUAUGGUGAUGGAUCGGAGGAUGGGCGGGUUGGGGGGUCUUCGAGGAAGGAUGCUAUUGACAGUGCUAAAGAAAAGGGAGGAGGAGGAGGAGGAGGAGGAGGAGGAGGAGAUGGAGAUGGUGAAUGUAAAACAGCAACUGCAAGCCGUGCAGUCAAGCGACGCAGAUCUGAGGGGAAUUGGCAGGAUGACAGGUGGACCAAUCAAGUUGGCCAAUCAGCUGCUGAUAAAAGAUCAGCUACCGGUGAUAAUAACAGAAAAGAUGUUGGGCCCUUUGGGCCUAUUAUCACCAACGCCCAAGGGCCUUUCCUCAACAUGGGCGUGCGCAGAGCUGAAAGUACCAUUUUGAAAGGUGAUGGGAGUGGCCGUUGGUCAUUGUUCCUAACUGGGACCGACGCUGGGACCGACGCUGAGACCAAGGUUGGGACCAAGUCUGAGACUAAGGCUGGGACCACCAAGGCUGAAAUCGACUCCUUUUCUGCCGUUGAUGAGCGAUCAAGGAUGCAUGGAGACAAGGAGGGAGGAAUUGCAGCAGGAAGACAAGGAGACGUGGCUAUGGUGGGAGUAUCCGAUAACCGAUCUUCUUCUUCGGUCUUUGCUGACUCCUUUUGUAAAACUGCUCCGCAGCAAGUAAUCACUGGGAACCUUCUCAGCAGCAGCAGCAGCAAUUGCUGCAGCGGUAGCAGUAGCAGUAGCAGAGGGGAAAACAAGGAGAAAAAGAAACAAGGCACGAGCCGAACUAAGCUUGGGGUGCAAUUGACGACUACCUUCACUGAUAAGCUUGAGGAGGAGACAGGGGGGUGCAGUUCAUGGGGAGUGCCUCCACCUCCAUCUCCACGUCCACCUCCACCUCCACCUCCACCUUUGCCGCAGGAGUUCCUGACUCUGUUUGAAGAAAAGAACGGAACAGGGUUGGAUGAGGAGAGUGCAAGGCAUCAGGGAAGGAUAAGGAGCUUUCCUCACGUUGAAGGAAAUUUUGCUUGUCAUGUAUACAUUCGCUUUCCAAUUUCUACCCGUUGGCGAGGAGGGUUGGAAUCGUCGUUGCGGCGAGCAGCGCACCUUGUUCCCGGGCUGAAGUCCAUCGAAGAGGCCACCUCCUCCCCCCUUCCUCUUCCCACAGAUGGAGGGCAGUUUGGGGGAGGCCACGUGUCUACGAAAUCGCCAUCUGCUGGAUUGCGUACUACUAUGCUAGGAACGAGGGGCAACUCCAGCUCAGCUGCCACUGCUGCUGCUACUGCUGCUGCUACUGCUGCGUCGUCGGCACUGGGUGUUGGCGUUAAGGCGGCAGAUGAGUACCAUGUCAGCUUGUCAAGGACGGUCGCCAUUCGAUUCGCACAGAUCGACUCGGUUGUCGCGAUGCUGAAGAAAAGUUUCCGCAACCAGAGAAGGUUUGUGAUGGAAACAGGUUGGUGGGAAGCAUUCCAUAAUGACGAGCGGACAAGAUCAUUCCUUGCACUGCAGAUUGCUGGUGGUGCUUCUACGAUCUGCCAGCAGAUUCGACUCGUUGACCAUAUGAUGAAGCUCCAUAGCCUGCCAACAUUUUACCAGGAUCCUCGGCCUCAUAUUUCUGUCGCAUGGCUUCUUGGCGAUGCGAUGAAGGAACUGACCUCUGCAGCUGAAAUGCUCAAUAGGGAAAUGGAGAUGGUCACAAAGGCGACAGCUCACGGUGAAGAGGUAGGACGACGAGGGGGGGCUGUAUUUCCUUUCAAAGUGGAUGCCACUGAGGUGAUCUGCAGGAUCGGCCAGCGACUUCAUGUCAUCUGGGAAUCCCAUGGUUAAACGGUUAAACCCAUGGUUGAAGUUUUGGUUAAAUCCAUGGGGGCGUGUCCAUAGCCCAUGGACAGGAGACAGUAAAGAAAGGGAGGAUGAGCAGAGGGGGAGGAGUUGGGGAUGUGGUAUGUUCCAUCUCCAACUAGAUGUAACUCGGGUGAUUGGCAGGAUCGGCCGGCAAUUCCACGUCAUCCAUGCGGGGGUUUGGAAGUGGCUUUGGGACAGCGCACAGUGAAAGUGACGAGAGGUAGGACAAGGGGAGGGGUUAUGUUCCCGGUCAGAUGGCUUAACAGGUGUAGAACAGCUCACCCAUAUGAGCCACUCAUCAUAUGUCAUGGUAAUCUUCGUUUAGCAGCUGUAGACGUGGUCACGUGUAUGGUCUUCUUGGUUUAACAGCUGUAGACCUGCUCACACGUACAAGGAGGACAGCAUCAUCAAGGGAUUUUGACCAUCAUGUGGGGAAGCUUAAUCUGGUGACCAGUUGGUAGUCGGCAGCCCUUAUGGGGAGUGGAGGUGUCUCUCUUUGAGAAGAUGAUUCCACUUGCAAAUCGUGGUCAGGUUGUCGGUGUGAAAGUUUAUUUGAAGUAGUGUGCAAUAAGAGCGCACAAUCUACAUGCAUGUCAAAAAAAAUGUUGGGGGGAGGGCUUUUCCUUGAUAUCAGGGCAGCUAAUGGAGAGAUCAUCUCUCUCUCUCUCUCUCUCUCUCUCUCUCUCUCUCUCUCUGUGUGCGCGUAUUGUGCUUUUCCUG